AUGCGCCGUGGCUGCCUCGACGCAAAUCCUUCACAGUCUGCCAGCGACGCACCGACGCGCAGCAUCGCUGAGAGGAUGGAUCCCUCAGGCAAAGUGGCGCUCAUCACGGGAGCGGCUGGCGGGCUGGGAAGGGCCUUCUCAAGGGCGCUGCUCGCCGCUGGAGCCAAGGUGGUGCUGUCGGAUGUUGAUGAGGCGGCUGGCAAAAAGGCAGUGGACGAGCUGGAAAAAGAGUUUGGGAAGGGGAACGCCAUCUUUGUCAAAGCCGAUGUCACCAACUCUGCUUCCCUGGAAGAGGUGUUUAAGGCAGCCAAGUCGACAUUCAAGCGGCUCGACAUUGUCGUCAGCAAUGCAGGGAUCAUGCGAGACUCCUUGUGGGAAAAGCAAAUCGACAUCAACAUCAAGGGUGUUGUGCACACGAUGUUGCUGGCCUACAAGCACAUGGGCAAGCACGAAGGUGGAAACGGUGGUGUCGUGGUCAACCUGUCCUCUGUAGCAGGCCUGGAGCCAGUAUCUGUGCUUCCCAUCUAUGCAGGCACAAAGCAUGCAGUGGCUGCUAUGACCCGUUCCUAUGGGGAUAAACUGCACCUGGACAAGACUGGAGUGUCUGUAAUGGCACUGUGCCCCGGGGCCUCAGACACUCCUCUGGUGCACGAUGCCCAUCAGUUUGUGCUUCACGACUACCUCACGGAACCCCUUGUCCAUGCUCUCAACAUGUUCCCCAUCAACAAGCCAGAGUUCAUCGCUGAGGGAUUAAUGCGAGUCAUUCGUGAAGGUGAAUCUGGAUCCGUGUGGGUAGCAACCCUUCAAAUGAUCAAGCCAGUGGUCUACCCAAAGCUGUUGCAGCUUUCUAGAUAAGAAUGUCUGAAAACAAGAACUAUGUAAUACACAUUCUAUGGAAACAAAAAAACAUUGCUGUAAACUUCAUGUUUACUUCAUUAUGCUGUAACUGAGUACAAAAAUUCCACAGUUAGAAGGAAACAGGCUACUCAAAUAAAUAUUAUCUAAAUGAUUAAUGGAAAAUCUCAUAUAAAGAUGUGAAACAAAUACUUUGUUAGUAUUUGUUUCAAAUAAAUAUUAUAUCACACACAAAUAACACACAAAUGCCUGGGACUACAGAAUUAUGGAUAUGUAGGGACAAUUCUAAAUCUGGGCCAGAGCAGGGCUCACACCAGGUUUCCUGCUGGCUGCAAGCAUUAACCUUAACCACAAAGGUUGCACAGCACAACUCUAGGCCUCAUUUAAACUUUCAUUUUCACUGUUCCUACCUAUGGUUUCUGAACACUAGUGCUCAAGAUCCUCUCCAUCAUUCUUAAAAUUCCUAUUUUGCAUCUGAAAAAGCUUCAAACACAGCACUCUAUUACUGCACAAUAUUUAUUAACAUGGAGUAAAAGAUAGAAAAAUAAAGUUGGUAUGUUUGUGACAGAUGGUGCUGAGGGCUGUCAUUAAAUAACAUGACACACUUAGCUCCUUUCAGACAUUUUCACUGUAUGUGUAUCACCCAUAAAAUCAUCAAAUUUUUGUGUUUUUAGUGAUAUUAAGCUUGGUGGCAUGUUUGAAACUUAAUUGGGAGGACAGGAAGGAGGAGGGCUAGCCGCUAGCACAACAGUUGCUAAGAUGGACUGGAGUUGGAUUCACUAUGAGGGUCCUAUAUCCUCACACACUGUCUUUGGUAUAUUCUUUUAGCCAUUAAGAUUUUGCUUGUUUCUUCUUUCAGCUGUCUGUUAUGCUAUUACACUAGUGAUUGUUACCAUGUGAAAAUGUGGCAAAUAUUAAUUGGCUGAUACAAGAAUAAAUCAAAUUCUUUAAGUUACUCAUUGACAGCUACAAGCAGUAAGAAAGUAUUUUUUGAACUGACUAUAGAAGUCAUCAUUGUAUGAUAGUAAAAGAUUUUAAUAGGCUGUCAAUCAGAGAUGAUGUUGUCUGCAUAGGCAAAGUGAUAUUAUUAUGUUGGGAAUAUUAUCUAGUUUGUUGUGAAAGCAAUUAAAUUAAGCAUUUGUGUCAAGUGUCCUUAGCAACUCAAAAUUAGAUUUGAAGUACACAUUUGAAUCUAGUGGCGUACAACAUUAUGCAAUCUUGUGUUGAAUUUCUUUAGUAUUUAUCACAGUAUAUAUGUUGUGGUACAAUAAAUACAAAUUUUAUUGCCUCA